UUUGCUAAUGGACCAGCAAUCUCCACGAGCCCAGUUACGCUCCCAGAAGACUCUUGAUGGGCUACCCAUAAGUGACUUCAGCUCACUUCCAGGGAAAACUCAUGGUGUGGACCUGAUAAGAGGAAGAGGAAUGGAAACAAUGAAAAAUACUCAGCAAGAUGUGACUUCUGAGUUGCAGCAUAGGUCAGGAAGCUUAAGUUCAUCUGAUUUAGGCCCUUCAAGGAAUGGAUUUGGUUCCAUGGAUUCCGAUCACAGUAAUAUUCAGAUGGGUGAUUCAGUUUCAGAGUUCUCAUCAUCAAUGUACCUGAAAAAUGGCUCCCAACACCAUCAAUUAACACAACAGUUGCAAAUACAAAAACAACAGCAGCAGCAGCACCAAUUACAACAGCAGCAGCAGCACCAAUUACAACAGCCGCAGCAACAACAGCCACAAACACAGCAGGCACAGCAGCAUGACAUACAGCAACAAAAUAUCAUGCAGCAACAACAAGUACAACAAUUAACUCAGCAACAAGCCCAUCAUCAAAAACUUCAACAUCAGCAACAACUCUUGCAACAACAAAAGCUACAACAACAGCAACUGCAACAGCAACAACAGCAGUUACAACAACAGCAGCAGCAGCUGCAGCAGCAACAGUUACAACAACAGCAACUUCAACAGCAACAACUGCAACAACAACAAAUGCAGUUGCAACAACAAGCACAACAGCAACAAAAACUCAUGCAAGUACAACAGGCAGCAUCACACCAACAAAUUCAGCAGCACCAACAACAGCAACUUCUUCAUCAACAGCAGCCACAGCUUGUGUCCCAACAGCAGCAGCAGCAGCAGCAGCAGCAGCAGUUGUUGCAACCGCAGCAAAUGCAGCAACAACAAAUUCAACAACAGCAAAUUCAACAACAACAAAUUCAGCAGCAACAGAUGCAACAACAACACAUCCAGCAGCAACAUCUGCAGCAGCAACAAAUGCAGCAGCAACAAAUACAGCAGCAGCAAAUACAGCAGCAACAGCAACAAGAGCAGCAGGAACAGUUUCAGAAACAGGUGCAAAUGUUGCAGCAAACGAAAGCCAAAUCCAAGUUCAGUGCUGCUCAGGAGGGCGGCGGCAUGCUGCUGCAGCAGGCGGCACAGGCACCUGCACACAACCAGUCUGAUGCAUCACAAGCACAACCACCACCUUCUAAGGCCUCCUCAGGGACCAUAAGUGGAAUGCUAGCAGACUUCAGCAGGGCUCUUGGUUUGGGUGGAACAUCACCACGCCCAUCACCUUCUGACGACAAGCCAAGUACCAACAGCCAAGGACUCCAGCAGCCUACAAUGCAGUACCCACAAGCUACACAGCAGAAGAUGAACACAGCUCAGUUACAAGACCAGCUGCAACCCAUGGCACAGAUGCAGCAGCAGAGGAUACAGCAGAUGCAGUCACAGCAACAGCAGCAGCAGUUGCAGCAACAACAGCAGCAGCAGCAACAGAUGCAACAGCAGCAGAUGCAACAGAUGCAGCAGCAGCAACUCCAGCAGCAGCAGCUUCAACAGCAGCAACAACAUCAACUGUUCCGACAGCAGCAGCAGAUGUUGGGAGAGUUUGGAGAGAUAUCAGGUGCACUGUUCCCACAGCACCUGACACCACAGCAGCAGCAGAUGUACCAGCAGCACAUGCAGCUGCAGCACCAGGCACAGCACCUCAAGAAGAUCCGCCGCUCGCUGCCACACUCUGCAGAUCAGCAGCAGCAGCAGCUGCAGCAGAUACGCCAGCAGACGUCGGUGCUAGCGGGUUCGCUAGCCAGCAGUCAACCUGUGAUUGGCAGCAUGCCUCAAAUCCAGACCCAACCCACUGGUCGGUUUGCCAUGGGGGCGCACCUUGUCUCAAGUCAACAGGCAACACGCAGUCUUCAUGCAGCCACUGUGACACCAAUGGGGACGCCUCAAAGCACACCUGUUGGCACUCCACGGGGCCCAAGGGAUGGUGGUGGUGAUUCUUCAGAUACAAUGAGUGAAACAGAUUCUCAGAAAUCAUUGAGAAUGAGACGCAAAUUACCACCUAUACCAGCUGAUCAAGAAGCAGCACCCCUUCCAUCAACUAAGAAACGGGAACGUAGUAAAUCACAGACAUUACAGGAUCGCUUUAGGUCCUUUUCACCCUUGCGACAGACUUCUCUUGAUGGACUGCUACCAAGGACAUCAAAUCUGAUGUUAGCCAGACCAAGUGCUAGCGAAACUAACCUUCGAAAAAUUGCUCUUGGGGUUGAUCCUAUCCCACGACCUGGAUCAGCACUGGGUUUAUUGCAAGCUUCAAGUGUUGUGAGCAGCUCAGGAAUGAGGCCAAUCACAACGGGUAUUGGUACAACAGAUCUGACAAGUACAACAGCAACAUACUCAUCACCACUGGCUGACUUAGCAUCAUGUUUGCCUCCAGACUUGAGACACUUACUUGGAAAUUCAACAUACUCUGAUUCUGGAAAUUAUGGAAAGCAGCUGCCAAGUUAUAUGCGAAGCCUUAAAGAGCAACUGAGAGAUGAAAUUAAAUUUGCUGCUGCUGAGCGCAGGAGACUGCUGACCACUCCUGAUAAGGAUCGGGAUACAAGGCUCCGAGAAAAAUUUGAACCAUUGAAAAGGUUGGAUAUCCAGAGGAAGAUUGCCUCCCCCAUAAUGGGACGCUCCCGGAAGAUACGGGGUCAUCGUAGGCAGCUCUCUGACCCUAAAAUACACCCGCCAUUUUCUCCGAUCAAGGAAGACGGAGACCUGGAGAGUGAUUACGACAGGGGAUACCUUGGCUACUUACAUCCAAGUCUGAAGCCUCCAUACAAAGCUUAUGAGUAUGAGUCUAUUGACGACACUGGGAGACGAUCCGAGUGGGACCCAUCCCAGUCCUACCUGGCGUCUUCAUAUGCUGCGGCCGGCGGAGCCCUCAGGGAAACUGCCAUCAACAGCGUUCUGGACGAGGACCGCUACAUCACCAACUCUAGGUACAGCCUGCGGCGGUCGAGCGACGGGCUGGAUGUGCGCCGCCGCCACGACAGCCGCAAACACCGCAAGCCGCGCUCGUGGCACCCUUCGCCCUACGGCAGUGACGACGAUGACGACCAGCUGACGCGCGAAGAGAAGAAGGCCAAGAUCAAAGCGGAGAUAGCACGCCGCCGGCAGCAAAUUGAAGAGAACGCGCGCCUCCACGAAGAACUGUUGCGCUUGGCACGCCUCCGCGAAAGUGCCGAGCUGGGGUUCACGCCGCACUCGGGGCCGGAGGCCGGCCGCGGCGGCUACGGAACUUCGAGUGUGCUCAAGUCCAUAGACGAACUGCUGCUGUCCGGCCGUGGGCUGCAUUUCGACUACCGAGCACACUCUCCCCGGCGCACGGAAGAGGACCGCUCCAUGGAUCGGAUAGCGUCCACCUUCCGCACUGACGACUACACGUCCGGCGUGUACGAGCGCCUGUCCGACUUCUCGCCGUUGACGGACUUCACCCCGCAUGCAAUGCCUCUCCUCCCGGACAUGCCCACUCGGUCACGUAAGCUGCUGGAGGACUUAGGCAGUUCUCCCAUCACCGAGUCCGUGCUCGCGCUGCCACAGAAAGGCAAGUAUGGCUCCAGACUCUACGCCAAAUAAUUUUCGUUCGCAUUUUUCUUCUGAUAAACGUGUACUUCGUUUCAAUUAUUCUCGAUACUCCAAAGAAUCUCUCCUACGGUAACUUUCCAGUAUUUUCCAUUCCGCUUUCCUAUCUCUCGUACACUGUCGUCAUCGAGGCGACCGAGUUUACUGAAGGCGUGAAACGUCGAGCACUUAGUAGCUAAUGAAAUAACGUAUCCUAAGUACAGCUUACAAAAGUACUCUAGCUAAAUUACAAAUUCUUCCUCAAUGAUUGCCUUCUUCUGAAUGCG